AUGGAGAUGGUGAAUCCCGUCGCGGUCGUUUACGAUUACAAGAAAGACGUGCGGCUCAGCAUCCAGCUGAUUAGUUGGGUAUUGAAGCCGUUCGGCGCUUGGCCGAAAUCGGACAAAAUGUCACACAUCGAGCGAUACGCGUACAAGCUGGUGAACGUCAUUUGCACCAGUCUGAUCGCUUUCGUCUUCAUACCGUCCGCGAUCUACCUGGUGCUCGAAGAAGACGACGCAUACGUCAAGAUGAAGGUAGCGGCGCCGCUAAACUUCAACCUGAUGGCCGUCGUGAAGUACUUUGCGUUGAUCUUCCGCGAGAACGACAUCCGCAGCGGCAUCGAGCACAUCAUGAGCGAUUGGAUGAACACUCGGCAUUACGACGAUCGAACGAUCAUGAUCAGAAAUGCGAAGUUCGGCCAACGUCUCGUGAUGAUCUGCACGGUGUUCAUGUACGGCGGUCUCGCGUUCUAUUGUAUCGUGCUGCCGCUCAGCAGCGGCAAAGUCACGGAGGACGACGGAAAUCUGACGUAUCGCCCGUUGGCGUAUCCCGUCGCCAAUGUGCUGGGCGACGUGCGACGCAGUCCCAUCAACGAAAUCUUUUUCUGCCUCCAAGCCCUGUCGGACUUCAUAGUGCACUCCAUCACCGCCGGCGCGUGCAGCUUGGCCGCCGUGUUUGCAAUGCACGCCUACGGCCGUCUGGAGAUCCUGAUGCAGUGGAUCGAGCAUUUGAUAGACGGACGGGAGGAUUUUUACGAUAACGUGGACGACAGAUUAACGACAAUCGUGCAGCAGCACGUUCGAAUCUUACACAUGUGUUUUGUUGAAUACUUUGUUAUCGUGGAAUGGGAGAAUAAAGAGAUGACAAGUUAUGUAACGUAUGUUGUUUUAUAUAUAGCUGUUACGUUCAAUAUUUUUAUAUUAUGUUACGUUGGCGAGCUUGUUGCCGAAAAGUAUAAGAAGAUUGGCGAGAUAUCAUACAUGAUCGAUUGGCAUCGCUUAUCAGGAAGAAAAGGCCUCGAUCUCAUCUUAAUAAUUGCUGUGUCCAAUCAAACAUCAAUCAAACUUACCGCCGGAAAUUUCUUUGAAUUGUCUCUUAGUACUUUCUGCGACGUGGUUAAGACAUCGUUUGGCUACUUAAACAUGCUACGUACAUUAACUACAUGA